AUGUCCAUCUCAGCCUUCGCCCCAACCGACUGCUUUGGAUUUCCUUUUGGACUUACCUCUCAGUUCGUGGCUCUUCCCUCUCCUGUCCUGGAUUUCAGUGUCUUGUCUGGUCUUUUGUCUCGCGAUGUCCCCCGGGUCGCGUGGAUUUGUGUGGUAGUUUCGGGCGCAUUUGCCAUGGAAGCUUCAUCAGCUGCUGAUUUGCGUCGUUCUGCUUUUAGGUCUGCUGGUGGGCUCCAACCAACUAGGGUCGCAAGAAAAGAGACCUUGGAGGCCAGAACACGUUUGCUGGAUGGGUUUGGAAAAUGGCUUUAUGAAACACAUGGAGUUUUGCUUUCGGUCUUGCUGACAGCGAAGCCAGCAGACCCAGAAGAGAUCACGUACUGGCUAGUACAGUACGGCCAACAAAUGCGACCAAGCAUCAAAAAGCAGCUGACAGGAGCAUGGGACCUUGCGUUUGCCUGGUUGGCUGCCAACAUCAUGCAGCAUUGCCGCUGGGAUUUGAUUUUGCCUGCUGACUCAGCUCCUGGUACGAGUUUCAUAUUGGUCCGGAUCCGUAUGCCAAAAACACGAGGAAGGGCUGCUCGUCAUCAGGCGGCACGUAUUGACCCACCUGAUGUGGUGACACUGCUGACUGCAACCUUUAAGUCCCUGCCUGAAGAUGCGAAGCUCUGGAAAUUGCCGGCAGCGACACUGAGGCGACGUUUUGAGUCUCUCCUGAAAGGAGUAGGUCUGCCGACUCAUAGCAUUGAUGGGAAGCGCCCUUUCUCUCUGGGGUCCCUUCGACCUGGAGGGGCCACUUUCCUUCUUUUGCAUACAGAAGACGCAGAACUGGUUCGUCGACGUGGCAGAUGGGUGACGUCCAAGGUUUGCGAGAUCUACUUGCAGGAGGUUUUGUACACCACGAACUUUGUCUGCAGCAUUCCCACGAAUCCUCCGGACUGCGGUGUUUGGUAUCAAUGCUUCCAAGCACAAGACAAUGAGGAGCUAGGGGCGGCUGGUGGAGAUGAUGCAAAGUACAGUGAGGCGGAUGAAAGACCGGAGCAACGUGAACAGUCGCAGAUCCUGAAGGAAUUUCUGGACGGUGAGCAAUUUGUUCCGGUAGAAACUGAAUCCCGAGGUGUGCAAGUGCAUUUCGCUGAGUUGAGCCCUGUUUGUGAUCAAGCAGUGCAGAAUGAAGUGCUUCCAGGCCCCAGCAACCAAACUUCAGGUGUGACGACCGCCGCGGCACAGCCUGGGGAUGGGGGAAGCCAGCUACCAGAGACUGCGGCUGUGGCUGGUGAGGAGGUUGUUGCGCAUCCAAGAGAGCAGGGAGGAGACGAAAGAGACUCUGGCAGUGAACCCAAGUCCGAAACGGAAGAUGCACUACGCCUUGAGCAUUCGGGUGGCCUUCCAAAGUCUAAGGAGGAAGCAGAGAAGGAGAGGGACCUGGAAAGGGAGAAGCGACAAGCCAUGAUCCAGUCAAGGCUAUCCGAACUGAAGGAGUCUUGGCAGGGCCAUACUGAGCUGGACGACGCCAUGUUUGAAUUGGUGGACUCUGCCCAACAUGCUGCGGAGUGUGCUCUGCAACAUGGCCAGCGCAUUUUGGAAGCACAAGAGAAGGCAUUGAGUGCAAUGGAAGGCCUUCAGGGAAAGACCAAGGAGGCGGAUGAAGGACCGGAGCAACGUGAACAGUCGCAGAUCCUGAAGGAAUUUCUGGACGGUGAGCAAUUUGUUCCGGUAGAAACUGAAUCCCGAGGUGUGCAAGUGCAUUUCGCUGAGUUGAGCCCUGUUUGUGAUCAAGCAGUGCAGAGUGAAGUGCUUCCAGGCCCCAGCAACCAAACUUCAGGUGUGACGACCGCCGCGGCACAGCCUGGGGAUGGGGGAAGCCAGCUACCAGAGACUGCGGCUGUGGCUGGUGAGGAGGUUGUUGCGCAUCCAAGAGAGCAGGGAGGAGACGAAAGAGACUCUGGCAGUGAACCCAAGUCCGAAACGGAAGAUGCACUACGCCUUGAGCAUUCGGGUGGCCUUCCAGAGUCCAAGGAGCCAGCCACGUUACCAGAAACACCGCCAAGUGCAGCUGGAAGAAAGUCUGGCGUUGAGCAGAAGGAGCCAAACGCAACUCCAGCAGUGCGGCAGAGUGCAGAUGGAAAGCAAGUUGGAGAUUCAUCCACGAUGGCGCAGGCAGCGAAAGACGCAAACUCACAUCAGCCAGCGGAUUCAAAGGAGCCAAGCACACACCCUGCCAGCCCAAGGGCAGGUGAACAGGCUUCUGGUGAUCCACAGCAGGUUGCAAGUGCAGAGGCAUCAAACGUGGUUCAGUCAAAAGGUCCAUCGCAGUCACAGGAGCCAGCCACGUUACCAGAAACACCGCCAAGUGCAGCUGGAAGAAAGUCUGGCGUUGAGCAGAAGGAGCCAAACGCAACUCCAGCAGUGCGGCAGAGUGCAGAUGGAAAGCAAGUUGGAGAUUCAUCCACGAUGGCGCAGGCAGCGAAAGACGCAAACUCACAUCAGCCAGCGGAUUCAAAGGAGCCAAGCACACACCCUGCCAGCCCAAGGGCAGGUGAACAGGCUUCUGGUGAUCCACAGCAGGUUGCAAGUGCAGAGGCAUCAAACGUGGUUCAGUCAAAAGGUCCAUCGCAGUCACAGGAGCCAGCCACGUUACCAGAAACACCGCCAAGUGCAGCUGGAAGAAAGUCUGGCGUUGAGCAGAAGGAGCCAAACGCAACUCCAGCAGUGCGGCAGAGUGCAGAUGGAAAGCAAGUUGGAGAUUCAUCCACGAUGGCGCAGGCAGCGAAAGACGCAAACUCACAUCAGCCAGCGGAUUCAAAGGAGCCAAGCACACACCCUGCCAGCCCAAGGGCAGGUGAACAGGCUUCUGGUGAUCCACAGCAGGUUGCAAGUGCAGAGGCAUCAAACGUGGUUCAGUCAAAAGGUCCAUCGCAGUCACAGGAGCCAGCCACGUUACCAGAAACACCGCCAAGUGCAGCUGGAAGAAAGUCUGGCGUUGAGCAGAAGGAGCCAAACGCAACUCCAGCAGUGCGGCAGAGUGCAGAUGGAAAGCAAGUUGGAGAUUCAUCCACGAUGGCGCAGGCAGCGAAAGACGCAAACUCACAUCAGCCAGCGGAUUCAAAGGAGCCAAGCACACACCCUGCCAGCCCAAGGGCAGGUGAACAGGCUUCUGGUGAUCCACAGCAGGUUGCAAGUGCAGAGGCAUCAAACGUGGUUCAGUCAAAAGGUCCAUCGCAGUCACAGGAGCCAGCCACGUUACCAGAAACACCGCCAAGUGCAGCUGGAAGAAAGUCUGGCGUUGAGCAGAAGGAGCCAAACGCAACUCCAGCAGUGCGGCAUGGCUUGGAAGCUGAGGAUCCCAACGAGACGGAGGAUCCCAACUCAGUCUCCCCAGCGCAAUUCAAGGAGUCGCGCAAUCUGCAAGAGUUGGUUGAGGAAUUGAAGGCAACUUUGGCAGCCAAGAAUCAAUUGAUCGAUCAGCUGAGUGGAGUCAAGGUGCCAGGAUUGUCACCAUCGAGGCGAAGCUCUUCCGAGCUUCCAGGUCGAGAGGGCCUUCCUCCGGCAGCGUCAUCACAGGUGGGACCGAGCGACAUGAACGAUGUCUCAGAAAACUUCGUCAAUGCUAUUGCAGAUUGCCAUCAGCGGGUUCGCCGGAAAUCUCAAGUCCUUGCACAGUCGGUGUUAAGCAACUUGCAGAACAAGGAGCCAAAAGACGCUGAAACAGGUGCAACGACUGCAACGGCAGGUGGUACCACAAGACCCCCAAGGAAUACGUUACCUGGAAGGCUUCUUGGAAUCUUGGGUCAGCCUAAGCCUCCUCCAAAGCGCCGGCGUAAACGACGUGCACGUGCUUCUGUGAAGAUUCUGGCCCACCAGGCCAGCGACCUAGCAGCAGACUUAAGCUCAGUGACAAAUUCCGGCGCAGACGCUGACGCUUCCGAUAGCGAAGAAAGCCCUUCAUCAUCAGACAGUGACGAUAAAGAGGUGACUCUUGAACACAAACUCGUCAUGACCGUGCUGUCCUGGAAGGACUUGCCAAAGCAAAUCCUGCAAUGGCUGAAAUCAAAUCUGCGACGGAGUGAAGAAGCUCACGCACACAGUGUUCCGUGGGAACCUACUUCCUUAGAUACCUGGCCAGAGCUUAGCCAACGCAACAGGCUUCAGAUGGUGGAGGAAUUUGAAGAUUUCUUGGAUCAGUUGGGCCGGUUCAGACCUUCAAGAUAUGAGUCAAAGACCAAGCUCAGGGAGCGCCUCAAUCAUAGUGAACCUCCAAAAUCACGGAGGCGCAGCCGGUCUCAAGGACAGAUACAUCCAUUCUAUGAGUUCCCCCUGGAUGUGGAACCAGCGCAAGUCUCUGCACGACUUCGGGAAGCAUUGCCGCUCAAGCGCAGCAGAGCCGGAGGGAAGGAUGACAGCCCUGGUCCAGACUCAUGCUCUGGCUUGGACUUGACGGUCAUGGGCAGAAGUCAUGCCCAGUCGCCAAGAUCGUCUCGGUCUCCGAAAUCGUCUCGGUCGCCGGUGUCCCGAUCUCCAGAGCGACGAGAGCACCACGGCAGAGCUGUCGGGCUGGCGUCUGUCCUUGCAAAUAUCUUGGCACAGUCAACCAGGCGCCAGAAGCGCUGGGCACUGCGGCGCUGGACCCAUGUGACGACGGAUCGGGCCGCUGCCCAAGGUCGAGCAGAACAACUGGAUUGGACCAGUGACCCAGACACAGGACGUGACGACAGAUGGCGAGGGCGUCGGGCAGAACGAGACGGACGUGCUCGUCGCCGUCGUGAAGAUCUGCGGGACGUGGAAUUUUCCUCGUCGCGGGAGCCGCGCUACGACAGCCACGCCCGCCGCGACCACCGCGACCACCGCGACCCCCGCGACUUCGAAGGCUCCUGGUGGAGCGUGCCACGGGAUCCGCGAGAUCAGCGAGAUCCACGGAGCGUGCCACGGCCACGGCCACCCGGAGCUUCCGGUGUUCCAGCGCCACCCUCGUGGUCGCUGGAGCGGGAACCGCGCGAACCACGAGAACCACGAGAACCACGACCAGCCAGGAUCUAUCAACGACCACGACUGGAAGAUCUCAAGAGGCCACGCUGGCAGGCAGCUUCCCGCUUUGAAGAUUAUGUUGGUUGUGUCUCAUGGAAUUACAAGGAGCCCCGUGUUCCGCUAGCACUCCAAAGUCACAUUCAAAAGUCCCCGGAGGCCCGAGCUGAAGAGUGGAGUCGAGUUCUGCAGAAUCGUUUCAAGUUGUCAGACCUUCGAGAGGCCAAUUCUCUCCGAAGCACCACAGGCUUGCUGAAGCCUGUCAUCCCUUUACCAAGUUUGAUCUCGGCGAGGAGAAUCAAUCCCCACGAUGCUAUGUGACAAGGCGCAGCCAUGCCUACAAUAGGAUUGGUCUUUGUUUUUUGCACUAAUGUGCAUCUCAAAGGCCGAGGAACAAGAACCAUUUCAUAGCCUUUGCCAUAGCCUUUGCUAGGGCAUUCUAUAAUUUCUAUGGUUUGUUUUUAAGUAUGAGUCUGUGCAGAGCUUAAAUUUUUGGCUCUGCCAUGCUCUGCCAAUUUUCAGAUGUAAAACGCAUCAACUUUUGGCUUUCGAAAGAAGGCUGUCCAUGUCCGGCCUUCCACAAGGAUUGGCCGUGAGAGCUCCGUUGAGUUCCCAAUGCUGAAA